AUGACCUCGAUUGAUGACCUUUUCCACAAACCCAACGUCGCUUCCAAGCGAAAACUCGAGGACCCGACCAAGUCAUUCUCCAAUGCCCUCUCCAACAAAUCUGCCAAACUGACCAACGGCUCCUCUCCACGCAGUUCCGCCAAUGGCUCCUCACAUGACGAUUCCACCUCCAAUGGCUCAGAGAGCAAAGCUACUUUUGUGCAGGAUGAGGUCCUAGAUGAUCGAGAUAAUCUCGAAGCCGGACCCGCACCGCCGCCGGAAGACCCUGAGGACGAAGUCGGAGACGAUGAGGAGGGGCGCUUCUUUGGCGGCGGUGUCACAAAACAAGAGAGAGAAGUGAUUGAUUACAUCGAUAAAAAUGAAGCUGGUGAGGUGGAAGAAAAGAUUGAUUCCACAUGGCUGCGCCGCACGGCCAUUAACUUUGAACGGAAAAUCAACAAGAACGCCGAACUACGAGCCAAAUACGAGAAUGAGCCCAUGAAGUUUGUGAGCAGUGAGGCCGAUUUGGAUGCUGAAAUCAAAGGUUUGAGUCUAUUGAGUGAACACGGCGAGUUGUACGCCGAAUUCGUCAAAAUGGGCUGUGUGGGCAGUUUGGUUGGAUUGCUUGCGCAUGAGAAUACCGACAUUGCCAUCGCUGUCUGUGAGUUGCUCGCGGAGCUGACAGAUGAGGACUCGACCACUACCGAAGAACAAUGGAAGACUUUGGUCAAGGCCACGAUUCAGAGUGACAUCGUGGAUCUUCUUACGAGCAACCUCAGUAGACUGGACGAGGAUAACAAUGAGAGUGACCGAGCAGGGGUUUAUCAUAUUUUGAAUGUUGUCGAGAACAUCUUGUCCGACACUGGAAACUUGGAGGCUGUUGGGGCGAAAGAUGCCCUGAUGGAAUGGCUCCUCUCAAGGAUAAAGAAAGUGGAUCUUUAUGCGAGGGGAAAGGUUGGACAGAAUCGCCAAUACGCCGCGGAAAUUCUGGCCAUACUUCUUCAGAGCAACAAAACCAAUCGAGAUCGUCUAGCGCGGAAAGACGGAGUCGACUCUCUUCUCGAACUCGUCAGCGCGUAUCGCAAGCGAGAUCCCGAAAAGGACUCGGACGAGGAAGAGUUUGCCGAAAAUCUCUUUGAUUGCUUAGCCUGUGUGGUGGAGGAACGCAUUGCCGGCGAGAAGUUUGUCGAAGGGGAAGGUGUCGAGCUGUGUCUCAUCAUGCUCCGAGAAGGUCGAUUGGCUAAAGCACGGGCUUUGCGAGUGCUCGACCACGCCAUGAGUGGAGGCAAUGCGACAUCUGUCUCGGUGAGGUUGGUCGACGCGGCCGGACUCAAGACAAUCUUCGGCAUGCUUAUGAAAUCCCACAAAAUGGAGCGAAGCUUGGUCGAGCAUCUCAUUGGAAUCCUGGCAAGCAUGUUGAGGUAUCUGCCGGGAGGCUCUGCCGAAAGGAUACGCACUCUCGCCAAGUUUGUGGAAAAUGACUACGAAAAAAUCACAAAGCUCGUCGAAUUGCGGCGCGAAUACAAGACGAGAUUGAGCAAAGUGGAUGCGCAUAUUCAAAGGGAGCGACAAGAUCUCAACCAAGCCCAAGUGGAAGCACAGGCCGACGAGUGGUUCUCACGGCGACUAGACGCCGGCCUCUUCUCACUCCAGGCCAUUGAGUUGAUCCUCAGCUGGAUGGUGGCAGAAGACAACGGAGCGAGACAGACCAUCACCAUACUCCUCAGCGAAGACGGGCUUAAGAUACUCGAGCGGAGCCUACGGGAUCAACUCAACGGGAUGGAUCCUGGACAGAGUGAUGAAGCGAAGGCUACGGAGGAAAUGCUGGAGGCAUUACUUUUGUGCGUGGAGCAAUGA